AUGGCGCUCCAGAAUUGUGAGCCGCAGGACCACAAUGAAAGAGCAGAGAAUGUUAUUAUAAAUGGGAAGGCCAACCCAUCUAAUGCAGUUCAAGCAGAUGCUGUUGCACUUGGGACCAUUGCAGCUGAUAUGGCUCCUGUUGUUGAUGGUUUUUCUGUUGAUGACGAUGAGCUUGACCUAGACUUCCCUACAGAGGGUUUCUCAUCUAUACCUGAAGCUAUUGAGGACAUUCGUCAAGGAAAAUAUGUCAUUGUUGUGGAUGAUGAGGAUAGAGAGAAUGAAGGUGAUCUUAUAAUGGCAGCAUCAAAGGUCACACCUGAGGCUAUGGCUUUUAUAGUGAGGCAUGGCACUGGGAUUGUUUGUGUCAGCAUGAAAGAAGAGGAUCUGGAAAGGCUACAACUUCCUCUUAUGGUGACGACAAAGGAAAAUGAAGAGAAACUGCGAACUGCCUUCACUGUUUCAGUGGAUGCCAAGGAGGGAACAACUACUGGGGUUUCAGCAAACGAUCGGGCAAACACAAUACUGGCACUUGCGUCUCCUAAUUCCAAACCUGAGGAUUUCAACCGGCCAGGACAUAUUUUUCCUCUUAAAUACAGAGAAGGUGGUGUGUUAAAAAGGGCUGGACAUACUGAAGCAUCGGUGGACCUUGCCAUGUUAGCUGGGUUACCUCCUGUUGCAGUUCUUUGUGAAAUUGUUGAUGACGAUGAUGGCUCCAUGGCUUUGUUACCGAAACUGCAACAAUUUGCUAAGAGGGAGAACCUGAAGAUAAUAUCAAUCGCAGACCUGAUAAGAUAUAGGAGAAAGAGAGACAGAUUGGUAGAGUGCGUUUGUGUUACACCAUUACAGUUACAAUGGGGUUCGUUUAAAUCCUAUUGCUAUAGAUCUCUUAUUGAUGGGAUGGAACACAUAGCCAUGGUGAAGGGUGAUGUUGGGGAUGGCCAGGAUAUCUUAGUACGAGUGCAUUCGGAGUGCCUAACUGGGGACAUAUUUGGAUCAGCGAGAUGCGAUUGUGGGAAUCAACUUGCUCUGGCAAUGACCAUGAUUGAGAAAACUGGCAGGGGUGUAGUAGUUUAUCUUCGUGGCCAUGAGGGUAGGGGUAUUGGGCUGGGUCACAAGCUUCGAGCAUACAACUUACAAGAUGAUGGGCGGGAUACUGUCGAGGCUAACUUGGAGCUAGGGCUGCCUGCUGACUCUCGGGAGUACGGUAUAGGUGCACAGAUACUACGUGAUCUUGGUGUGAGGACCAUGCGGCUGAUGACUAACAACCCUGCGAAGUAUACUGGACUCAAGGGUUAUGGUUUAAGUGUCCUUGGCAGAGUGCCAUUGCUGACACCGAUAACCAAUGAGAAUAGGCGCUACAUGGAAACAAAGCGAUUGAAGAUGGGUCAUGUUUAUGGAAGCCGUUCUAGUGAUCAUGCAAGUGGCAGUGGCUUGGCUGGUGCUGGCGAGAGAGCGGAGCAGGAUCAGAAUGACAGUGCCGGCGUGCAAGAUCAAACUCCAGAAGCUUGA